AUGGCCAAUGGCAUUGAAGAUCUUAUUGGGAUCCCAUUCCCAAACCACAGCAGUGAAGUCUUAUGUGGUUUAAAUGAGCAGCGGCAUGACGGUCUCCUCUGCGAUGUCAUCCUCAUUGUACAGGACCAGGAGUACCGGACCCAUCGGUCCGUCCUUGCUGCCUGCAGCAAGUACUUCAAAAAACUCUUCACAACCGGCACUUUAACAGACCAGCCCUAUGUUUACGAGAUUGACUUUGUCAAGCCUGAAGCACUUUCUGCCAUCCUCGAGUUUGCCUACACCUCAACCCUCACCAUCACCACCUCAAAUGUCAAGCACAUCCUCAGUGCUGCCAAGAUGCUGGAGAUCCAGUGCAUUAUCAACGUAUGCCUUGAAAUCAUGGAGCCUGACAGAGAGGCAGAAGAGGAAGAUGACAAAGAGGACGAAGAUGAUGACGAAGACGAAGAUGAAGAUGAGGAGGAAGAGGAGGAGGAGGAAGAAGUGGAAGACUUUGUCAAUCAGGAGAACCUAACUGAUGUCCAAGAAGUAAGCUGCCACCAAAGCCCUUCCAAGUCUGGUCUCACCGAAGAAGCAUAUACAGAAGCACCUAAAGACUUUCCAAAUCACUACCCAGCCAAUAACUCCUCUGGACACUUGGGUGUGAUACGAGACUUCUCCAUCGAGUCCUUGCUAAGGGAAAACCUGUACCCUAAGUCGAACAUCCCAGAAAGGAGGCCAGCGCUCUCCCCUUUCGCCCCUAGCUUCUUCCCUCAUCUGUGGAACGGUGAUUUUAGCUCCUUCUCCCAGCUCGAGGAGCCACAGGUAGACAAUGGCCCCUUGGAUCUGGUCAUCAAAAAGAGGAAGAUCAAGGAAGAGGAGGAGAAGGAAGACCUGCCCCCGCCUCCUUUCCCUAAUGACUUCUUCAAGGACAUGUUUGCCAACACGCCAGCAGCUCCCUUAGGGCACAUUAAGGCAGAGACUGACUAUAGCGCUUACCUCAAUUUCCUAAGCGCUACCCAGUUUGGAGGAGUUUUUCCCCCAUGGCCCCUGGAGGAAGAGAGGAAGAUAAAGCCCAAGGCGUCCCAGCAAUGUCCCAUCUGUAACAAAGUCAUCAUGGGGGCCGGCAAGCUGCCCAGGCACAUGAGGACCCACACGGGAGAGAAGCCGUAUAUGUGCAAUAUCUGUGAAGUCCGCUUUACCAGGCAGGACAAGCUGAAAAUCCACAUGAGGAAGCACACGGGGGAGCGGCCGUACCUGUGCAUCCACUGCAACGCCAAGUUCGUGCACAACUACGACCUGAAGAACCACAUGCGCAUCCAUACGGGCGUCCGGCCCUACCAGUGCGAGUUCUGCUACAAGAGCUUCACCCGCUCCGACCACCUCCAUCGCCACAUCAAACGCCAGAGCUGCCGCAUCGCACGACCCCGGCGAGGACGCAAGCCGGCAGCGUGGAGGGCAGCCGGUUUGCUCUUCGCUCCCGGUGGUCCACCGAUGGAGAAGAGCUUCGUGAUGCCACCGACGCUGGAGGAGAUGAGCCUUGGCGGCGCGGCCAUGUGCCUUCCCGGCCCCAGCCCCAAGCACUUUUUGAGUGGGACGAAGACCUCCUUCAGCCUGCAGGAGCUGGAGAGCCAGUUUGAAGAAACCCAGAUGAAGCUCUUUAGGCGAGCCCAGCUGGACAUGGAGAGGAACGCGGGCAUCUUCGCCUUCGCCCUGGGCCAUAACGAAAACCUUGCUGCCCAACCCUUCUUCCCCCUUCCCGAUCCUUGGAGUGCGGGCUUCA